AUGAUUUGCCCAAUAUAUACUAGCAUCACUAAACUGAAUGCAAGCUUACCAAUGUUGAGUGGAAUAAUCGGUGAAAGGAUCACCGGGACGGAGUUACGCUCGGCAAAUGCGACGGCUAUACAAGCAGUGGCCAACGUUCUCAAGUCCUCGCUAGGGCCGCAAGGGCUGGACAAAAUGCUGGUAGAUGAGAUGGGAGAUGUUACGGUCACUAACGACGGUGCAACGAUUCUUAAGCAGUUGGAGGUGCAACAUCCGGCAGCUAAAGUACUGGUAGACUUAUCUGAACUACAGGACAAAGAGGUUGGUGAUGGUACUACCUCUGUGGUUUUGUUAGCGGCAGAACUGCUUAAGCGUGCCAACAACCUACUGGCCUAUGAUAUCCAUCCUACCAACAUCAUCAGUGGUUACAAACUAGCGCUUAAAGAAAGCGUCAAAUAUAUAAAGGGGAAUUUAUCUCAGGAUUUGGAUAAGAUGGGCAAAGAUGUAAUUGUGAAUAUUGCCAAAACCACCCUUUCUUCAAAGUACAUUGGCUCACAUAGCGACCACUUUGCCUCUCUAGUAGUACAAGCUCUCAUGUCAGUUAAGCAGGUUGGAGAUGCGGAUAAGGUUAAAUAUCCAGUGUCUGCAGUUAACAUUAUAACUGCACAAGGGAAGAGUUCAAAAGAAUCAUUCAUAGUGGAUGGUUAUGCCAUUAAGAUGUCUAGGGCUGCUCAGGGCAUGCCAAUGGUGGUUAAUAAUGCAAAAAUUGCACUCUUAGAUUUCCCAUUGAGGCAAUACAGGAUGCAAAUUGGCGUGCAACUUAAUAUAACAGAUCCACAUGAACUAGAAAAAAUGAGAUUAAAAGAAAAGGAUAUUACAAAGGAGCGGAUCAAGAAAAUAAUUGCCACAGGAGCGAACGUUGUGUUUACAACACAGGGAAUUGACGACAUGGCUUUAAAAUACUUCGUAGAGGCGGGUAUUAUUGCGGUUAGGAGAGUGCCCAAAAAAGAUUUAAAGAGAAUAGCCAAAUUAACUGGGGCUACAAUUGCUUUGACAAUGGUAAAUAUUGAUGGGGAUGAAAAGUUUGAUCCGUCAAUGCUAGGUAGUUGCAGUAGCGUAUAUGAGGAGAGAUUAGGCGAUUGGGAUUAUAUAUUCCUUAAGUGUAAUAAAACGACUAAAGCUUCCACUAUAAUUUUAAGAGGUGCAAACGAUUUUAUGGUGGCCGAGGCGGAAAGAUCUAUGCAUGAUGCCAUAUGUUCGGUAUCAAGUGCUUUGGAAUUCAAUUCGGUAGUCCCAGGCGGUGGUUGCGUUGAAACUGCUUUAUCGAUAUAUUUGGAAGAUUUUGCUAGGACAUUGGGCUCCAGGGAGCAAUUGGCCAUAGCGGAAUUUGCCAGUGCAUUACUCGUUAUACCUAAAACUUUGGCAGUAAACGCGGCCCUUGAUGCAACUGAACUAAUGGCCCAACUGCGUGCCUACCAUGCCAAAUCUCAGUUUGUCCAGGAAUCCUCGGCCGAUCGUAGAUUUAAAUGGUACGGAUUGGAUUUGUUGGGAGGUAAAGUGAGGGAUAAUUUGGCAGCAGGUGUCCUAGAAGCCUCUAUUAACAAGAUUAAGGCGAUCAAAUUCGCUACAGAAGCUGCAAUUACCAUUCUACGUAUAGAUGAUCUAAUCAAACUUAAGGCUGAUGAACAGCCAGUGGAACAGGAAUGA